UUGCGGCGAUUUUCCAAGCGAGUUCAAGGGAGAGAAAAAUUGAGCUUGAGAAAAUGGCUUCAAUGGCAUCACCGAGCUCUUACUGUUUUUAUAAGAAGCAUAAUAGGGGCUACAAUGGUUCUACUCUUCCCCGUAUAAGCCUUUCUCAGACUCAGCAGCCUGACAACAAACCCACCGACCAAACCAGUCGAAGGGAAAUAAUAUUGAGGAGCAGCGAAUUAGCAGUAGUUGGAGCCAUAUUCAACUUCAGCGGAAAAAAGCCUGAAUAUUUAGGUGUACAGAAAAACCAAGCAGCUUUAGCACUGUGUCCGGCUACCAAGAAUUGUAUAUCAACUGCGGAGAAUAUCAGCGAUCUCAUUCACUAUGCCUCACCUUGGAAUUACAAUCGUGGUAGGAAAAAGCCCGUUACCAGAGAUGUGGCAAUGGAGGAGCUUCUUCAAGUGGUAAAAUCAACAAAACCAGACAGAUUUACCCCGAUAAUUGUGGAAAAGAAAGAUGAUUAUGUUCAUGUGGAAUAUCAAAGUCCGAUCUUAGGGUUAGUAGACGAUGUUGAGUUCUGGUUUCCGCCAGGAAAGGAAUCGAUUGUGGAAUAUAGAUCUGCAUCACGACUGGGAAACUUUGAUUUUGAUUAUAACAGAAAACGAAUCAAGGCAUUGCGACUGGCACUGGAGAAAAAGGGCUGGGCUCCAGAAGACACCUUUUGAGGGGGGGCACCAUUGUUAA